AGACCAGAGUACGUACGAUAUCGUAGCAGACAAGUCAGAGUCCGAGGAGAAAACAACAGGGAUUGUCCAAACCAUUCUACCUUUCGAUCCACUGGUCCUCGAUUGCAUGCCAAGAAUCAAAGCCUGCACGACGUUUGAUUCGAGUGCGACAGAAUAGAAUCACCGGGAGUUUCGCGCUUGGUUCUCGGAUGACGACCGACGGGGCCUCCGGUGCCGCUUCGGAAGCGACGGCGCAUCCGGAUCCGAAGCCGAAGCCGGAUCCGACUCCGGGACCAACCGAAGGGAGCCGGGACCGAGCGAACGACGGCCCCGGCCCCGAUGGCGAAACAGAAACAGAAACGAAUCGACCGGCGAACGCCGCCGCUGGCCCGACCGMGGAUGCCACCGCAACGAAGGACGCAACCCCAAAGGCAAAGGAAAGUUCUGGCCCGGGUGUUCCGGGGUCCGGUUUCCGAAUGGUGGUGCAGCCCCAGCACGCGCGGAAACGAAAGCGGCAGGCAGCGGCAGCGGCCGGAGGAGGAACCGCUGGUUCGCCGCCGUCCUCCUCCAAGCCGGUGCGGGGGAACGUGUUUGGGGAGGACUACGACGAAGAAGAAGAAAAGCGGGCCCGCAGCAGGCUUUCGAUGUCGCUCUCCGGGUCGUCCUCCAGCUCGGACGACGAAGACGCGCCCGCGGGGGCGGUGCGGAAGGAAGCGGCAGCAGCGGCAGCRGCAACCGAUGGCGGGGACGACGUCUCGUCCGUUGCGUCUACCGUGGUUGCCGGCAACGUGGGCGGGACGGAUGCCGGUGCGAAUGACCGCCACGGCCGCAACCACCACGGGAGGGUCGAGCACGAGCACGAGCACGAGGCGGUGCACACCGCGAACGCUCCCAGCAGCGCACCGCUUGCAAGCGCACCAACGGAUGCAGCGGGAGGACAGGACAGCGAACGCGGCGUUGGGGAUAGCGAUGGCGACCAAAACAACAACAACAACAACAACAACAACAAACCGACAAACGACAGCACUUUAUUGUUUGUGGGCAGUGGGGGCAAUGACAAGGUCGAUCCGAACAAGAAAAAGGAUGGUCCUAUACAGAAUCAGCAACAGCAACAUCAGCAACAUCAGCAACAACAACAACAACAACAACAACAACAACCGGAGGGCUGGAGGGUCAAGCUCUACCGCUUGAAUGCCGAUGGAUCUUGGGACGACUGUGGAACGGGCAGAAUACUUUGCCUGUACAAACAAAAACAACCGGGACAGAAAAAGAACAACAACUCUCCKUCGGACACUAUCCACAAUGGAAACGGCGAAGWRGCCAUGAACGCGGAGAGCAAUCCGUCCCAAUCUCCCAGCGGCCCUCUCAGCGACUCCGAGAUCUAUGUCGAACUCGGCGAACCAACGCUUUGCAUGCAUUCCGAAGUCGCUUCUACAAACGGCAUGCCAUCGUCGAUUCAGCAACAGCAACAGCAGCAACACCAACAGCAGCAGCAACAGCAGCAACACCAACAAUCCGAUCUCAGCAACAGCGACAACCAGCAAACGAUUUCUGCUCGAAACACUGGUUCUCGCAUCCUGCUGAGGACCCGAAUCUUGCUGCGUGACGCCUAUCAGCGACAGGGGGACAACAUCAUCACCUGGUGCGAGCCGUAUCUCGAAGAAGGGAACCCCACCCAGGGAGUGGAYCUGGCCCUGAGCUUUCAGGACAACAAGGGCUGCAUAGACAUUUGGCGGCAGAUCACCCAGGUGCAAUCCAAAGCGAACGAAAAGUUUCGCCUGAGACAACAACAGCAGCAGCAGCAGCAGCAGCAAGGCCUGAUUGGCAGCCACGUUGGCGAUGGCAACAACCAAGCGGAGGGCGACGACGGCAUUGCUUCCAAGGCGGCCAUGGRAAAAGUUGUGGACAGCAACGGAAACGAACGGUCCCUUGCCGAGCUGACCCUCCAYGCCAACUUGCAGCCGCAGGAGCUCUGGGCCAACGUCGCGGCGGACACGGCACAGAACCAGCAGAACGGAGGCAGCAGCAACAGCAACGGUGGCGGCGGCAACGACGAAAACGAUGCGCGCCACCAGSAAUUCGAAGACGCCAUGGGUGGGAUAGUCGCCGCCUAUCACGAUGCGGCCUCUCCGGCUGGCGGCGGUUCGCUAAACGCAGCGCCACAACUCCCAAACCCUCCGACACUGGAAAGGCUGGAAGAAAUCUCGGACAUUAUUGCCAGGAUUCAAGUACGUUUGUUUUCUAUCCCCAUUUUUUGCCCAAAGUGUGCCGUGUGCUCCACAGACUCAUUCUUUGCCUCCCGUGUUGCAUCUUGUUUUUCAUAACAAUUUUUCAAUUCGAUUCCGGAAACCAACAGAACAUGCAUCAAAGGGAAUCUCUUGCGGUACACAUUAGUCAAGACGAUUGUUACUACCUUAAAUCGAUUUUGUCGUUGUUUCCACCGGCCGAAGCGAAGCAGGAUCUGUGUUCGCUGACGAGGUUGGCAGCAUGUGUSAAGAACAUUCUUUUGCUAAACGAUCCUUCCAUUCUUGAAUCGAUAGUAAACGACGAGCUAGUUUUUGAAGACAUUUGUACGACACUCGAAUACGAUCCGGAUUUGAGAGACAAGGCCAAUCACCGAUGGUUUUUGCGAGAGCGAGCCAAGUUCCGCACSGUAGCAUUGAUGGAAGAYGAAGAAUUGAUUGGGGCCAUUCAUCGAUCCUUCCGUGUCAACUACUUGAAGGACACGCUAUUGCGACCAACAAUGGACGAGAGCAGCUUGUCAACACUGUCGUCUCUGCAAACGUUUACGCACGCCGAUGUGGUGAAAGGAGUUACCAUGUCCCCGUUUGAAUCGGACGACCGGGGUGAUCUGCUCCGGGAUAGCUACCUCGCCAAGGUGAUACGCAUAUUGGGACACGAAAUGGACAACAUUUGCGACCUCGAAUGGAGAGAGUUAGAGAAUCUAGAAGCAGGGAAGGAUGUUCAUUUUAUCAUUGCAAAACGCGAACAAGAGGAAUCUUCUAGCGAUCAAUCAACAAUCAUAGCUUCUGGAAAGUACCCCGAGUCACAGAAAAUGUCAACGAUAUGGAAACAACACCUGGCACCACAGGAUAAUUCAACGAUAUCGCGACGAAUACGCCGGCGGGGGAGCCUUUCCUUUCUGAGGGAACUGUUCAACAUGGUCCGUAUAUCCCUGCACCAGACCGAUAAGGACGAUUUUUUUGCAGUCCUGGUAUCCAUGGAGGUAGAUUUAUCGUAUCCAGAGAACGAACUUGCAGCAGGUUUGAAAGACGGAACGGCAUCACAAGGCACCGCGAGRCCCAUUAAUUUCCUCCUGUUGCUGGCCACCGUUUUGUCCGAUCCAGAAACAGAUGUCACGGACAAGGGUUUGGUGCUCGAGAUCAUCGCCGGCAUUGCCAUGCACGAUCCAAGCCUGAUACGAAGAAAGUGCUUGGAAUUCUAUGCGUCCUGCAAGAACAAUCAAGGAGGUGUAGGACUGUCUCGGCCGAGGCCAAACGGGAAGAGACAAGUCAUCUUUCAGUGCCCACCAAACGAUUUAYUGGCCUCCCUGCUAUUUUUGCUCGCAAUAGAAACAGAUGCGGGGUUGUUGCUCCAGGUAUCGGAAAUCAUGAGGAUCAUUCUGGACACAGAUGUUGUCGGRGAAAACCGCCCAAUGAAUGCAGGGUUUGCGGACGAGGCCGAAGGKAUUCCACCCAGCGGUGGUCACAACCCACCCCACGAUCAGCACCCAAAUCCCAACGGUUCCGGGAACACCACCUCGACGGAACAGAACCAGUUUUUGUCGGCGUUUUACGAUCACUACGUGCAAUGGCUUGCCGCUCCGUUUCAGUACGCAAUUUUGUUCCCGUUGCUGAGAUUUCCCACGGCGGUAUUUACCGGCCAGACCAAAUCGCGGAUUGCGGACAAAAUGUUCGAGAGGUUCGAACGGGGAGACUACCAAGACGAACCGAUGCUGCACAAGGUUCCGUUCAGUGCUCUCCGGAGCUCCUUCGCGGUCGAGCUGCUGAGUUUCUGCGUCCGAGCCCACCAGUACCGAAUGAAGAUGUACCUUCUGCGCUCGCGCGUUCUUGGCAACGUUCURAAGCUGAUCCGGCCGUCUUCGCUCCCACGAAACACCUCCGGGGACCGGUGCCUCAAGCUCGCCGCCCUGCGGUUUCUCCGCGCGGUACUGUCCGUAGAGGAGGACCUGUACCACCGACACAUCAUCCAGGACGACCUCUUUGGCCCGGUCUUCGAAGCUUUUCGGGCCAACCCGGUGGGGGACAACCUGGUGUCCUCCUCAAUCGUUGAGAUGUGCGACUUUAUCAAUUCCAAGAACACAAACUCGCUCAUCGAGUACAUCGUGACAAAGCACAUAUUCGCGACCGGGGCCGAGGCACCCGUUCCGAGCCUGGAGGAUGUUUCGAGCCCGUACGUCAGCACGCUCACGUGCCUGAGGCAGUCGUACGAAAACCUCGUCCGGGAGAGAAACCACCAGAACCAGAAGAAUCACCACCAUCCCGCGGGGGRUGAGCACCGCGCCGUUGUCAGCAACGCCAUCGGGCGCCCCCGUCUGGUUAUGAACGAGAGGGCUAUCGAAGACCAGCGCAGGUUUCGGGAAGCCGACCAGGAAGAGUCGUAUUUUGACCGCGACGACGACGAGUAGAUGCGAUGCGACGCGACGCGAUACAGCAAAGCCAUGAAGUUUCGGAGUUCCAUAAUUCGUUCAAUGCACCCAUGAGCUUUCUUGCCAAAUCCGUGGUCGCGUGAAAGUUUUUGUUACAAGCAAGGGUCGAUAAGUGCAAUAGAAACAGUAUUUUUUGUACCUCCUGAAACAACUCUAUCAUACUACGCGAUUCAAAAUAUUUGAAUUCGGUAACACUAGCUGGUUUUACGCUUUCACUUGAAGUUUUCAACUUCAAUUCAAAGCGAAGAACAUCAAAUUCAAUUUCUGUGWCGUUUAAAAAUUUCUUCUAGAGGUACAUUCUCCAGAGCUAUUUUUUUGGAAAUCUUGCAAGAUUGACUGGAUGGCUAGAAUCAUGAUUKAGCUCGGGAGCAACGUUUGUCUAAGAAAGAGAAGAAAAACUGGGCCACUGUGGCUUUUAGCGAGACCUCUAUAGAAUUAUCCAGUGGUUACCGUAUUCAAAUAUUUGCAAGCGGUAUGCUUAGAAUGAAUCCUUUAAACGAAG